CUCGAGUUGAAAAAGUCUCGGAUUUUGUUCCCAUAUUGCAUUGCGAUUUUUUCGACUUCCUCUUUCCGCCAUAUUGCAGAACCGGCAUCAUGGUGCGCAUGAACGUUCUCGCAGAUGCUCUGAAAUGCAUCAACAAUGCUGAGAAGCGUGGGAAACGCCAGGUCCUCAUCAGGCCCUGCUCCAAGGUUAUUGUGCGCUUCCUAACCGUCAUGAUGAAGCACGGUUACAUUGGUGAGUUUGAGAUCAUUGAUGACCACAGGGCCGGAAAAAUCGUCGUCAAUCUCACAGGCAGGCUGAACAAGUGUGGUGUGAUCAGUCCACGUUUUGAUCUCCAACUCAAGGACCUGGAGAAGUGGCAAAACAACCUGCUGCCCUCAAGACAGUUUGGAUACAUUGUGCUGACCACUUCAGCUGGCAUCAUGGACCAUGAAGAGGCCAGACGGAAACACACAGGAGGCAAAAUCCUUGGAUUCUUUUUCUAAAAUGUAAACUGCAAAUAAAAAAAACAGCCAGGGGAA